AUGCAUUUAAUGGCCUUUGGAGGAAGACAAAGAUCCAAAAGGUUACAAAAAAAUAUUGCCCAAUUGGAACAGGAUUUUUUGUGGUAUAGUCGGGAUUGCUCUCAACACUUCGGGGUAUUUGCUGAAAAGGAUAUCAAUUUUAAACUGCAGGUUGCGAAAUUCCGCCAGCGUUUAUUUUUCCGUUGCGGAUUAUUUUGGCUUAGCCACUGCAUCCUCUUGAGCUGCGUUAAUUAUCCUUUAAUAUCGGAUAUUUUAAAUCUGCGGGAUCGAUUUUUGACCGUAUUCUCGUUUCAAUUGAUCCAAGCGAAAUAUGCGGAAUAUUGUUCGACAAUUUUAAUUGUCAAGGAGUUUGUGGGGGCUCUGCAACAAUCCUUGUUGCUCUUGAGAUUUGAAAUUAUACGCCACCAGCCACCGUGUCCGGGUAAGGUUGGGAAGCAUUUCCCCUUCUAUGGCAAGCUGAUGGCCAAUCAAUUCCUCUUGAGUCGGGUCUGGUUUCUGGUCCAAUAUAUUGAGGAUUAUUUUGGCCUGCCUAUGCUGAUUCUGUUUCUCUAUAAUGGGGUGGCCAUAACCCACACCAUCAACUGGAUGUAUGUGAGAUCUUUUGCCCUGGAUGACAAGGAUUCGCUGGAGGGAUAUCGUUUCUAUUUUAUUCUACUGGUUUUCAUUGGCAUGUUUUGGGCCUGCUGGCUAACACAGGAGUGUACGGAUAAGUACAAUCAGCUAUCCUCAAUUCUCGGCAGUUUCAAAAUCCACGCCACCGACGUGGCCUUGAAAAAUCGCCAACGGGAGUAUUCGCUACAGCUGCUGCAUCAAAAAUUGGAUUUCAGCUGUUGGGGAUUUUUCGAUAUGAAUUUGAAAUAUUUUGGAUUGAUGGCCUUGGCGGUCACGACCUAUGUUUUCAUACUCAUCCAGUUCAAGCUGCAGGCAGAGACGGAGAAGGGCAAUUUAAGGCUUUAA